AUGAGACAGUAUGAGAAAGAUCAGUUUUGUCCUCCGAACCCGUUUGGGUACGGAAGGAACAAAAUUGGACUAAAUGGAGACGUUGGAUGGGUUGAGUAUCUUCUUUUUACUUCCACUAAUUUCCCUAUGAACUCCAAAAUCUUUUCGUCACUAGUAAAUGAGUACGUAAAAGAAGUAAGAAAAAUGGGGUGUAAUAUACUUGAGUUAAUGGCGGAGGGCCUUAAGAUAGAGCCAAAGAAUGUGUUAAGCCGAAUGCUAAGCGAUGAGAAAGCCGACAUAGUCUUUAGGCUUAACCACUAUCCACCAUGCUCUGACUCUAACCCUGACUCAGACCUAGACCUGAACAAUAGGUCCAUGAGCCACGGAAGAACCUCGAUUGGAUUUGGAGAGCACACAGACCCACAACUUAUAUCGAUUGCUAGAUCCAAUGCCACAUCAGGCUUUCAAAUUAUCUUGAAGAUGGAACUGGGUCGCAGUCCCACAAGAUGA